UGCCAGCUAGAUUCCCUGUCAGCCCAAUCAUUUCCACUCUUAUCAUCUUCUCCACUCUCGUGUUUUUUCCUCGACAGUCAUUAAUGGAGUCCUUUUCCAUCAUCCUUUCAUCUUCUCCAUCCUUCCAAAGUCACCCCAAAACCCUCAAAUCAGUUUCUUCAAACUCUAUGUCUCGACAACCCAAAUCUCCCACCAUUAAACUACCCUCUCACAACCCUCUCUCGAUCCUUCAAAACUCUCCUAUUUUACAAACUGUAGCCAAAACCCAUGUUUCUUUUACCUUAUUUAACCUCUUUACUUCUUUCCCUUGUCUUGCCGUCGCUGACACAGUUAUAUCCUCUCCCGAGCCUGGCAAAGUAAACCUUGAAGCAGUGUUGGUCUCGGUUGAUGAAUUUUUUAACAAGAAUCCAUUUUUUGUUGCUGGAUGCACUUUCAUUUGGCUUGUUGUUGUGCCUUUAACUAAACAGUACUUGACUAAAUGUAAGUUCAUACCCGCCAUUGAUGCAUUUAGGAAACUCCGUGAUGACCCAAGUGCACAGCUUUUGGAUAUUAGAGAGAACAAGACUCUGGCUUCUUUGGCCUCCCCAAAUUUGAGUUUCCUCAACAAGGACACGGUUCAACUUCAGUUUACUGCUGAAAAUGAAGAUGGGUUCGUGAAGGAAGUCCUGGAGAAGUUUCCAAACCCUGCAAAUACUGUUAUUUGUGUUCUUGACAAUUUUGAUGGGAAUUCCUUGAAAGCAGCUGAGUUAUUGUAUAAGAAGGGGUUUAAGGAGGCUUAUGCAAUCAGGGAUGGAGUCAUGGGCAAGAAAGGAUGGUUGGCAAUACAGGAGACCCUUUUGCCACCUUCUGUGCAUAUUACGAGUAAGAAGAAGAAGAAGAUCAAAAUUUCUAGAGGGUUUGGAGUAAACGGAGCAGUUGAUCAAGUUGAGGAUAAGAAAGAGGGUUCCUCUUCUACAACUGCUCCCAUAUUAGAAAGUCAAACCAUGGAUCAUGAACUUACUGAAUCUAUGCCACAUGCAAAAGUUGGUUCCCACUCCUCUUCUCCUUACCCUAAUUACCCGGAUUUGAAGCCACCAUCUUCACCAACUCCAUCAAAACCAUGAGAAUGAUAAGCUGUCUGGUUCACAGCGAGGCAAAAUAUCAAAUUCACUCAAGGACCUAAUAUCAUUCAUUCUCUGCAAAGCCAGAAAAUCAACAUCCUGAUGAUGUUGCUUCAACAAAAUUAUGCAUACUGAUGAACAUGGGGGUCCUCUCACUAUUUCACCUCUUCCUACCCGCAGAAGGAGUUAAAAAAACUAUUAUCUGAAAAAUUUUGAGUUGACCGAGAGAAUCUUGGCAAAUGACUAUCCCAAUCUAUAUUACUUGAAUUCGAGUACUGUAACUUAGCAUGUGCACUGUUCAAGCUUAAUGAAUCUAAUAAGAGCAUGGAAGAUACUGAACAAAAAGACAUGUUGAAACAGUUCGUAUGUGUUUGAAAGCUUAUCAAGAGAAUCUAUGUACUUAUCUACCAA